CUGAGUACUGAAUCCUAAAAAAAAAAAAUUUCGUCCUUAAAAAAAAAAAGUAGUCUUGGACGGCGGGCUGGCCAAGCCUCCGCCUGUCAGUUUCAAGAAACGGGUUUCCAGCUCCUUCGCAGUUUGGAAUCUAGCAAAAGUCACCAUGACGACUUCCUCUAACGACGAGCACAAGGAAUCAACCAUUGUAUUUAAUAAACAUAGCAAUGCACCAAGCACACGACCAAAGUCACACCGAUGUAAUGAACAUCUCGAAGAUGUGCUGACUGGUGUUUCGUCCUGGCCCAUGGAUUUCUCAAAGCCUUUUGGAGUAUUUUGGAAGUGUCUGCGAUCUCAACCAGGUCAAGAACCACCUCUGUAUCGAAACCAAUUCAAGGCAGAUGAAUCCACAGAGUUCGUUGCUGAUGAAAAAUGAAGUCACCAAACCACGUAUCUGUAGAAAUGAUGCCAUGCUAUAGAAAUGUAUAAUUGUACAAUCUUUAUAAACGUCCCAAUCCAUAUUCAAAAGAACAAAAAAU